AUGGAGGCCUCGGCGGCAGCGGUGGAAGCGAACGAGGAGGGUGGUGGGAGGAGGAGAAGGAGGGGGGUGGAGCAGACGAGUUGCGAUCUCCGGGCGGGCAGAGCGGCGCCACUUCCGCUUCCGGUGGCGACCGUCGCGGGGAUGCGGCGGGGCCCGGUGCCAGUGGUGGCCUUCGUGCUGGCGCUGGGCGCGGCGGCGCGGGGUGGCGGUUCCGGGCCUGUAACGUGCGGUUCGGUGGUGAAGCUGCUCAACGUGCGGCACAACGUUCGGCUGCAUUCGCACGAUGUGCGCUACGGCUCCGGCAGCGGGCAGCAGUCGGUGACCGGCGUGUCGGCGGCGGAUGAUGGGAACAGCUACUGGAGGGUGCGAGGCCGCACGGCCGCUGUGUGUGAGCGGGGCCAGCCGGUGCGCUGCGGGCAGGCCAUCCGCCUCACGCACCUGGGCACCGGCCGCAACCUGCACAGCCACAACUUCGUCUCCCCGCUCUCUGGCAACCAGGAGGUGAGCGCCUUCGGGGAGGAUGGCGAGGGCGACUACCUGGACGACUGGACGGUGCUGUGCAGUGGGACCUACUGGGCACGGGACAGCGAGGUUCGCUUCCAGCACACCUCCACCGACGUCUUCCUCUCGGUGACAGGCGAGCAGUAUGGGCGGCCCAUCAACGGGCAGAGGGAGGUGCACGGCAUGGCCACCUCCAGCCAGAAUAACUACUGGAAGGUGAUGGAAGGCAUCUUCAUGCAGCCCGGAGAGGUCUUCAAAGCGGAGCAGCACCACGUUGAGUUGUGACAGACGGACUGAUGCGUUUGGGGCUGCUUGGGGCGGGGGUGGCCCCUGUCCACAUGCGGUUGUGACGCGCGCUGGGAUUUGGAGCCCAACAUCCUGAAUCCAACACAAAGCUGAUGGUGGUGUUCUGAAUUUGACACUUUGUGUUUGGGAUCCAAUGCAAAGCAGAUCCCAGAAUGCUGAAUCAACAUAAAGCUGAUCCCAAAUCCAGCACAAA